AUGGGCAUCGGCGGACUGUACUCUUCCGACAAAGUCGUCGCGGACGUCCGCCGCUCGCUCCCGCCCUCACGGCUGCCCAAGAUCCCGACGGUCGUCUUCACGACGGACCGUACGAAGCGACAGGGCCAGUUGGCGCAGUUUUACAAAAUCGCGACGACGGAUUGGACGUUUGAUAAUGGGAAGAGUAGAAAGCUGUUGGGACUGGAGGGACCGUUGAGUGUGAGGUUUGAAGGGCAUGAUGUGGAUGGUUUUACGAGGGGGAGGAUCGAGAGGAUUUUUGAGAGGACGAUGCCGAUGAUGGAGGCGAUGGAGAUGAAAGCGAGGAAGAAGAGCAAUCCUUACCGCUUAGCCGUCACGGACUCCAAACUGGCUGUGAACACGACCUGUCACUUCCUGCGCGUUCCAGCAGAGAUCCGCCUCAACAUCUACCGAUGCCUACUGCUCGAAUCUCCACGAGCCUCCCUCGACCCAAGUUGUCCCGAGAAAGCGUUCGACGCGAUGACGGAUCGAAUCCAGCAACGGAGCACCUUGGAUGCCCUGUUGGAUCAAUAUCUAGAAGAAAGCGGCUUGAUCGACGAGAUCGAAUCCUACGAUCCGGAAGGCGAAGGGUCGGUGAUGUACAACCAUCUAGCCCUCAAUCAAUCCAAUCCACACUGGGAGAUACCUUCACCCCCUGCUAUAGACGAGGAGGAAUUUAUUCAGGGUGCUGGUGUCACGCAGGACUAA